UCCUAUCUACGAUGGUGAUCUGGAGGAAUACUGCAAAAAUGUGCCUUUGGAUGAGUACGAUACCUAUCUGAUCUUUGCCAAAGAUCGACUCACCGCUGACGACUUGAAACUUGCAGAGAGGAUUCGAUCAACUGACUUUGAACCUUUGGACAGCAACCAAAGACGUUAUCAGUGGCACAUCGACUUGUUCCUCCUGUUGAGAUCUGUGAACAAAAAAUAAUAUCGCUUUGUUUUAAACAUGGAUGAUUUUAAAAGCUGGGGGAUGCUCCGCGCUGAAGAGCUUCGGGAUUACGUGGAGCAAAAUGGAGUUUCCAGAGUUGCCGAAUACGUUACGAGCAAACUUGACGCUUGGAAGAACGUCGUAAUACAAUUUGCAGUAUGUGGUGUUUCAGGAGCUGGAAAAUCUACCUUUAUUAACCGCAUACGAGGACUGGAAGACUUUGAUACUGAUGCAGCAGAAGUCGAUGUCACUGAGUGCACUAAAGAGCCGAAAUGCUACGAUCAUCCCAGCAACCCCAAAAUUAAGUUUUGGGACUUACCAGGGAUAACGAAUCCAUUCUACAAAGGAGAUCUGGAGGAAUACUGCAAAAAUGUGCCAUUGGAUGAGUACGAUACCUAUCUGAUCUUUGCCAAAGAUCGACUCACCGCUGACGACUUGAAACUUGCAGAGAGGAUUCGAUCAACUGGUAAGAAGUUUUUCUUCAUUCGGGCAAGAAUUGAUCAAGAUGUUGAAAAUGCGAAGAGAAGCAGAAAACAUUUAUUUGAUAAAGAUGCCACCCUGAAUAAGAUACGAAAGAACAUUUCGCAAAAUUUGAUUGAAGGAGGCCUGCUCAACGAUGAGAAAGAAAUUUUCUUGAUAAGCAACCACUUUCCUACCAAGUAUCAAUUUGAUGAGCUGACCCAAGCAAUUUUAGCCAUAUUACCGCAACGACAACGUGAGAGUCUCAUUCUGACCAUUGAUAAUGCCUUAAUUUUGUCAAAAAAUACCCUGAAGGAGAAGGUUAAAGUUCUUAAAGAGCGCAUCAAGUUUGUUGCUACCGCAUCUGCUUUCGCUGCAACUGUUCCAAUUCCCGGGGUAUCCAUUUCGGCCGAUAUCGCGAUGAUACAAAGUGAAAUAAACUUUUACAUAAGCCAGCUUGGUCUCUCACAAGAAGGUUCAAACAGAUUUUCCUUGCUGGUUUCCAACACCCAAACUCAAAUAAAGGCAUUGAGUGCAGUGCUUGGCAGUACCAUGCAAAUUAGCGGGCUUCUUGCAGCCUACGCUACCGAAAGUGUCGUCAAGGAAUUCUCACGCUACAUUCCGGUAAUUGGCACAGCUAUAGGUAGUUCCUUGUCGUUCGGCGCAACAUACUACCUACUAACGAAAUGGUUAGGAGAAAUGGAAGAAAUCGCACUUAAAGCGUUGGAGGAAACAUUGGAAAACGUUCGAUCCCAUUAACUUUGAUGUAUGAUAUGUACCACGUUUUUCUUUUCUGUGCACCAAGCACAGGCCGAAGGCUCAGUGGAAAUCGACUAACUUUGAGUGAACUUACCUUAGUGAUGUUUUUCCUUAUGUAAGAAAAAAUUUUUUAUCACAGAUAUUCAAUAGUAACUCAAUAUUAGAAAUAAAUAGGUAUGCUUAGAAGUACUUCAGUCUUUUUUAACCGGCUUGGAAGCUGACCACAAAGCUGAAUUUUUUCCCCAAUAGUACAUGCACUCAUUAGCUUCUUUGGGGUCUCAUAAAAUCCAACAAUGAAAUGCUUGACUGCAAAAUAUAUUAUGUCAGAGGGUAAAACUUCAAUUUUACCCGUUAAUAUUGAGCGACGACGUUUGACUGCCGUUGCUCGUACACAGAGUGGAACUAAGGUUGACGUGAAAUUUUAGCGUUGUAAUAUUUUACGCUUCCAGGGGCUUACACAAAAUUUGCAAAGAAUGUUUUGAAUAAUAUGCCAUUUGCAUCCUCUAAUAUUUUAGUCUGAGAACGAUUAAUUCAAAGGGGAAAAAAGGAAAAUAACUCGUCUUUUUGUGGUAUUUGAACGAAUCGAAGAGUUAGUUUAUCGGGUUACAUACAGUGACACGGUUAUGUCAUUGUAGUAAUUCCCACAUUGGUUCACAGUCAAAGGAUCUGUAAUCGUCUGUAGGAAUAUCAUAAAGGAUACCUCCAUUCUGAAAACAGUUUAAACGUAUUAGGAAAGUAGCAGUCAAUCAUUUUCAAUCCCUUUCUCUCACUGGAGAAUAAAUUGACUGAAGAAUUAAAAUUAGCAAAACUGUUGCUUGAAAUGAUUAGCACAUUUUCAAGCAACACAGAAUUAAAACGAAUUUGUUCAUGGAUAGUGCAUUGUCGGUUUCGUGUGAUGUUAGUUUUGUUACUAGAAGUGAAAGAAGCCUAUGAAGUAUUAUGUUAUGUAAGAAAUUUGUAAGACAAAAAUUAGUUGUUUAGAUCAUGUCCAUUCGAAUUUUGUGACUUCAAGUACAAGUGGAAGUAUUGCGGUAGAAAUUGCUGAUCACUUGCCUGUCUUUAGCCUCGUGUACAAGCCAAAGUAUAGCCCCAUUCCUGACACAAUUAAAGUUAGAGAUUUUAAAAAAUUUGACAAGAUUUCUAUACGUUAAGAAACGCGAACUGGCUGCCCUUAUAUAAUAGUAGUGAUGCAAAUGAAAGUUUGUCGAGAUUCCUUCACAUUUUUAACAGAAUUAACAAUGAGCAUGCACCUUUGAAAAUGAUCAAAAUUAAAAACAAGUCAAAUAAA